AAAACCCUAAAACCCUUUUGCCCUUACCGCCCACUAGAAAGAAGAAGAAGAAAAAGAGAGGGGAAGGCCGAGCAUAAAAAAGCCGGCGGUUAUUUUCCGCCAUCCUCGAGUUCCUCAAGGAACAAGCUCGCCGCUACUAAAAGUUUAUAUAUACUGGGUAUUUGCUGAAAUGGGAGAAAAGGGCAAAAAGAGUAAAACAAUGUCUAAAUCUCAGAGUGCUGCUAAAGAACACAAAGAUCAGCUUGAAAGGCUCCAGAAAAAGGAUCCAGAAUUCUACCAGUACUUGCAAGAACAUGGCAAAGACCUUCUUACGUUUGAUGAGGAAGAUAUUGAUGAUGAUGAUGAAGGUGUUGAUGUUUACAUGGAAGAUGGAGAAAACCAGCUGGGUGAUGAGACCCAUAUGCAUGAUAUUCCCGAGGAAGAGGAGAAACCGUCUAAAAAUGUUUUAACUACUGAAAUGGUUAAUUCUUGGUGUAAGUCUAUCCGAGAGGAUGAAAAACUGAGUGCAGUUCAUUCUCUUAUGAAAGCUUUCAGGACUGCUUGUCACUACGGUGAUGAUACUGGGACCGACUCUUCAGCAAAGUUUACCGCCAUGUCAAGCAGUGUAUUUAACAAAAUAAUGUUGUUUACUCUAUCUGAAAUGGAUAGAGUUCUCCGAAAGUUGUUGAAACUUCCUGCUUCUGGUGGAAAGAGAGAGACCAUAAAUGAACUAAUGAACACAAAACAAUGGAAGAACUACAACCACUUAGUGAAAUCAUACCUUGGAAAUGCACUACAUGUUUUGAACCAAAUGACAGACACGACAAUGAUAUCAUUCACUUUAAGGCGUCUGCAGUAUUCUUCUGUAUUUUUGGCAGCGUUUCCAAGCCUUCUGAGGAAAUACAUCAAGGUAGCACUUCACUUUUGGGGUACAGGAAGUGAUGCUCUCCCUGGUGUCUCCUUCCUAUUUCUUAGAGAUCUAUGUAUUCGCCUGGGAUCAGAUUGUUUAGAUGAAUGUUUCAGAGGGAUAUACAAAGCCUAUGUUUUGAACUGCCACUUCGUUAAUGCAGCUAAAUUACAGCAAAUCCAAUUUCUUGCCAAUUGUGUCAUAGAACUUGUUCGAGUGGACCUUCCAACCGCAUAUCAACACGCAUUUGUCUUUAUCAGACAAUUAGCAAUGCUUCUGCGGGAUGCACUCAAUAUGAAAACCAAGGAAGUAUUCAGGAAGGUUUAUGAAUGGAAGUUCAUUAACUGUCUUGAACUUUGGACUGGAGCUAUCUGUACCUUCAGCACAGAAGCUGAUUUCAGGCCACUUGCUUAUCCGUUGACCCAAAUUAUAUAUGGGGUUGCCCGUCUAGUUCCAACUGCUCGAUAUUUUCCGCUCAGAUUGAGGUGUGUUAGAAUGCUCAACCGCAUUUCUGCAUCUACUGGUACCUUUAUUCCUGUUUCUAUGCUUCUUUUGGACAUGCUGGAGAUGAAAGAGUUAAACAGACCUCCCACUGGCGGUGUUGGCAAAGCUGUUGAUUUACGUACGACACUGAAGGCCAGCAAGCCCAUUCUAAAGACACGGGCCUUCCAGGAGGCGUGCGUGAUUUCUGUGGUUGAAGAACUCGCUGAACAUUUAGCUCAACGGUGCUAUUCUGCUGCUUUCUUUGAAUUGUCUUUUAUUCCAGCUGUUAGGCUACGUUCCUUCUGCAAAUCUACUAAAGUUGACAGAUUCAGAAAAGAAAUGAGGCAUCUUAUUCGUAAGAUUGAGGCAAAUACUGAGUUUACUAAUGAAAGGCGUGCAUCGGUUACAUUUCUACCGAAUGAUAAUGCAGCAACUUCUUUUCUUGAGGAUGAGAAAAAGAUGGGGACUAGUCCUCUCUCUCAAUAUGUUAUAACUCUGCGUCAAAGAGCGCAACAGAGAAAUGAUUCAAUGAUGAAAUCCAGUGUUGUUGUGGGUGAGAACUCUUCUGUCUUCGGGAGAAAGCUUGAUCAGAUCCCUGAUAGCGAUGAAGAAGAUGAUACAAGGAACGAGGAUGGUGCUUCUGUUUUCAGUUCCUCCUGGUUACCUAGAGGCAAUUCCAGGGCCGAUCUUUCAAAGGAGGAAAAGAAGAAAAAGAAGAAGAAAGGGAUGGAACAAGAGGAAGGGAUUGGUGAUGAUGAUGAGGAUAUUGUGCAAGACUUGGUACUUAGUUCGGAUGAGGAUGAAGAUGUCUUGUCUGAAUCUGAUAAUACUUUUGGGGAAGAUGGAAAGGGAGAGCAACUAGGUGGCAGCAGACAGCAGAGUAAGAAGCAAAACCCCAAGAAUUUAUCAAAGAAGAAUGUAAGAUCUCGUCGUCAUGAAAAAAAUAAUAAAUCAAGCAAGAGAAAAAGAGCCAGCUAGUGGACCAUCAGCUGGAGCUGCUCUUUUUAGAGCUAUUGAUAGUGGAUUAUCAAUUUAUUUGAGAUUUUGUUGUCUGUCAGGGAGGCCAUAUAAUACAAUCCUACUGAGCUUUUA